UUAACAAUGGAAUUGACAAAUAUUUCGCAAUCAAAGCUCUGAUGAAUAAUUUGUCACUCAUACACGUAUUGUCGGGACAAUAAGCAGUACCAGUACUUCGAAUAGAAAGUAUUUAAGCUGAUCCCAAAUUCGGAUAUCGAUACUUGCUCUUGAGCAGCGCAGUAACACGGUGAAGAUGAAAUUUGCUGCGGUUGUCACUUUGUUUGUUGCUGUAAGUCAGCUGGUGGUCGGGCAUCACUUUGACUUGAAAAAGUUCAAGGAGGAAUUCCUCGAAAAUGCAAAGACCGCAUCUGAAAUGCAAAGACAUCCCGAGGUUAAAGAAAAUGCAGAGGGCGCUGUACACGCUGAGACGAAACGUGCUGCUCUGGAUUGCACAGAACCAGGUACAUGCGGAGGGAACUUUCAAGACAGCGGCUGCAUUGUGUCACCUAAUUUUGGGCAAGGUGGUUAUGAUAAUGGUCUGAAUUGUGCCUAUAACAUCAAAGCUCCUGAAGGUAAACGUGUUGAAUUAACGAUUCUGGACAUGGACAUCGAAUACCAUGCACAGUGUAACUGGGAUCGAAUGGAGAUUUUUCUAGGACAAGGAAUCUUUGGCGCUCUGAAGAUUUGCGGUUCGGAUCUUCCAGCGGGUACCUUUUUGUCCCUGGCCGAUACAAUGACAGUGCGUUUCAAGAGCGAUGCUAGUGUGAAUGGGCGUGGCUUCGCCGCGAAGUUUGAAUCCGUCACCACAGAGUAACCAGAGGAGAAGCCGCGAGAUUUGGCACGGGGGUCUGACGGUCCCAACGCUGUAAAUCUCAUUUGCCUCAAGAAAUCACAGUACAUACAAGUAUAGUAUAAGGAAUAAUGUAUUGUAAUCAGUUUAAAAUGCCUCAUCAAGGCAUACGUCCAAGUAACUGUAAGGCUACGUCUAAUUUGAUCUUAGGUCUAGCCAUCUGGAUUGUAGGGCAGGAUAGUUUUUGCUCGAGAAUCACGUCCUUCAAAGUUGUGAACUCCCAUGACCAGCAAAAACUGUUUUCGUUCAGCAAGAUGGGCACACAUACCUCCGAAUUCCCCGUACCCCCAUGUGCCCCCAAGCGUAACAAAAAUUUUUCCCCAAAACAACACCGCUGAAAGCUGGUGCUCUCAUAAGAUGCUGGUACCCCCUUUGUGUCCCCAUUUGUAAAAUCCUGGCUGCGCCGGCCAUUGUGCAAUGCACAGAUCAAGUACGAGCUGAUAGCAUAUUUUGCCUUUCUUCUUUGUUACUGGAAAUAACUUCACCAACUGGUUCAUUUAUCUCAAAUUUAAUACAAUAACCGCUGAUUUGAAAUAAAUUGCCUUAAAAUAAUUUUAUCGAUGAUUAUAAUUGAGAAAUAAACUACCACACUGUGAUCAACA